AGUGGAAGGCCUGAAAGUAGUGGAGAUUGAGAAAUGCAAAAGCGACAUUAAAAAGAUGAGGGAGGAAAUGGCAGCAAGAAGCAGCAGGACUAACUGUCCCUGCAAGUAUAGCUUUUUGGACGAAAACAAGAGGCCGACUCCCCGCCGUGAUGUACCAUCCUACCCAAAGUACAUGCUGUCCCAGGAGACCAUUGAAGCACUUCGGAAACCAACCUUUGACGUCUGGCUGUGGGAGCCCAACGAGAUGCUGAGUUGUUUGGAACAUAUGUACCAUGAUCUUGGCUUGGUAAAAGACUUCAACAUCAAUCCUAUCACGUUAAAGAGGUGGUUGCUGUGUAUUCAUGACAAUUACAGAAACAAUCCUUUUCAUAAUUUCCGGCACUGCUUCUGCGUGACCCAGAUGAUGUACAGCAUGAUCUCGCUCUGCAGCCUCCAGGAGAAAUUUUCCCAAAUUGACAUCUUGAUUCUCAUGACUGCAGCAGUAUGCCAUGACUUGGACCAUCCGGGCUAUAACAAUACCUAUCAGAUAAAUGCACGGACUGAGCUUGCGGUACGCUACAAUGACAUCUCCCCACUGGAGAACCACCACUGUGCUGUGGCUUUCCAGAUCAUUUCCCAGCCAGAAUACAACAUUUUCUCCAAUGUUGACCAGGACCAAUUCAAACAGAUAAGGCAGGGGAUAAUUACAUUAAUCCUGGCUACAGACAUGGCAAGACAUGCAGAAAUACUGGACUCUUUCAAGGAAAAAAUGGAAAAUUUUGAUUACUCAAAUGAAGAACAUAUGACCUGUCUGAAGAUGGUACUGAUAAAAUGCUGUGAUAUCUCCAAUGAAGUCCGCCCAAUGGAAGUAGCAGAGCCCUGGGUAGAUUGCUUACUAGAAGAAUACUUUAUGCAGAGCGACCGAGAAAAAUCUGAGGGGCUUCCAGUGGCACCGUUCAUGGACCGCGAUAAAGUGACCAAGCCGACAGCACAGAUCGGCUUCCUGAAGUUUGUUCUCAUCCCCAUGUUUGAAACAGUAACAAAACUAUUCCCAGAAGUGGAGGAGGUGAUGCUCCAACCCCUUUGGGAAUCCAGGGACCGCUAUGAGGAAUUAAAACAGAUAGAUGAUGCUAUGAAAGAGUUGCAGAAAAAGAAAAAUGAAAGUUUGACCACCAGCAGUACCGAAAAGUGA